AUGCUACUAAUGAAAGCUUUAUUGCACACAGAGUUGAACGCGAGCAUCAAGCGAGAGAAGAUCGUGGAGAUCUGCGAGGGAUGCGGUCAGAAAAUUCAAGACCGGUAUCUGAUGCGCGUGGGUGAGCUGUCCUGGCACGAACACUGCCUCAGCUGUUGUGUCUGCGGCUGCCCUCUGGCCCAUACCUGUUACACAAGAAACGCUAAGCUCUACUGCAAGCCUGAUUAUGAUAGAUUAUUCAGCGUUAAGUGCACUCGCUGCGGAGAUAGGCUGCUGCCACAGGAGAUGGUCAUGCGCGCCCAACAGUAUGUGUUCCACAUACAAUGCUUUGUUUGCGUCAUGUGCUGCCAACCGCUGCAGAAGGGUGAGCAGUACGUCAUUAGAGCUGGUCAAAUAUUCUGCAGACAAGACUUCGAAAAAGAAAUGUAUUUGAUGCAACACGCCGAAGAUGAUAUGAUAAUAGACGACUCAGAACGUCCUCGAGACGGUAGGCGCGGGCCAAAGCGACCUAGAACAAUUUUAACGUCAGCUCAACGAAGACAAUUUAAAGCAUCUUUCGAGGUCAGUCCAAAACCUUGUCGUAAAGUUAGAGAAGCACUCGCAAAAGACACAGGUCUGAGCGUCCGAGUUGUUCAAGUGUGGUUCCAAAAUCAGAGAGCCAAAAUGAAAAAGAUUCAGCGCAAAGCCAAGCAAGAAGGUGACAAGGGUACCGAUAAGGAAAAGGAUAAAGAUGAAAAGAGCAUCAAGCAAGAGUCACCUUCAAGCGAGCACGGAAAUUAUUUAGGGCUUGACGCCGCUUACUCAGCUUCUAGUCAGCCUCUUAAUCCGAAUCUACCUUAUUCUCCUGACGAUUACCCUACACACUCCGGAGACAGUUUUUGCAGUUCAGAUAUAUCUCUUGACGGAAGCAAUUUUGACCAGUUAGAUGAAGGUGCCUCAGACACCAUGAGUUUACAGAACCUAGAGGUUCCCCACCAUCCCCAUCAACAUGGAUCCCAUGUGUCCCACGAGCCUCUCAACCUCGGCACAGGAACUGUAGUAAAUCCAAUCGACAAGUUGUACCUUAUGCAAAACUCUUACUUUAGUACGGAUCAU